ACGGGAGGGUUGGGGAAGGGGUCGCAAAGCGAGGCUUCUUGCGCGGUGCAUCGGAACGCCUGCAAGCGGCCGUGGGGUGACUUCCUUGCGGAGUGGAGACCACCCAGCGAUGCCAUCCGGGUGCGGGGAGGGCGGUCCGGGCUGAUCUCUAAACAGGCUGAGCCAGGUUGGGGUCCGGGGGCCGGUGUGGAAAGGAGACCACCAAGAAUAGCGGGCACCUUUAUCACGGCAUGGCUUUUGCUAUUAAAAGACAGGCGACCACAGUGGAGCCCAACAUUUCUGUUGCUGGGUGAGACGUUGGUUAAGGGAGCCUUGUCCUGUUUUACGACCUUUCUUGUCUAGGUUGUUAAGUGAAUCAUUGCAAGUGGAGAAGUUAAUAACCCGGUUGUUAAGUGAAUCAUUGGGGUUGUUAAGUUAAUAACGAAAAGGGACGCAGUGGCUAAGAUGCUGAGCUUGUCGAUUGGAAAGGUCGGCAGUUCAGCGGUUCAAAUCCUGAGUGCCGCGUAACGGGAUGAGCUCCUGUGACUUGUCCCAGCUUCUUCCAACCUAGCAGCUCGAAAGCAGGUAAAAAAUGCAAGUAGAAAAAUAGGGAUCACAUUUGGUGGGAAGGGAACAGCGUUCUGUGCGCCUUUGGCGUUGAGUCAUGCCGGCCACAUGACCACGGAGACGUCUUCGGACAGCGCUGGCUCCUCGGCUUUGAAACGGAGAUAAGCACCGGCCCCUAGAGUCGGGAACGACUAGCACGUAUGUGUGAGGGGAACCUUUACGUUUACCUAAAUAACACAGUUGUUAAGAGAAUCUGAUUCCUCCAUUGACUUCGCUGGUCAGAAGGUCGCAAAAGGGGAUCACGUGACCCCUGGCCACUGCAACCGUCAUGAAGAUGCUCGUCGGCUGCGCCUGUCGGCAUUUGGUCCUUCUCAGGGCCCGUUGUCUUCAGAACAGCCUUGCUCCGCAGUUGUGGAAAAGAGGCCACCAGGUGCUCCGUUCUUUUCAAAGUCCUACCAUUCUGCAACAGGGAGGUAGCCCGUGGGCGCCCAGCCUUCGCAGGGUGCAGCCCCGAUGGCUGAGCGGCGUCGACUUGUCUCAACGCGAUCCAAAGCCGCCAUCUAGCUCUGAAAACUCGGAGAAAUUUGCCGUGAUUUACCGAUUCCCGGCCAUCAGGUUGUUGAAACUCUUCUCGAGGCUGAAGCUGCUGCAGACGGGCUUCGGUCUGCUGAUCCUCCCUCCGGUCUGGUAUUUCUACGGGCUAAACCCUUUGGUCACAGGCCUCUUCUCCUUCACCCUCGUCUUCCUGUACGCUCUCAGCUUCUUCCUGCAACGGGUCAUCGGCAUCAUGUAUCUGAACGAAAGCCGGACUGUCUUGAAAAUCUCACACUUGACAUUUUGGGGGAAGAGGAGGAAUUUCUGCUGUCCAGUCGAGUCUCUCGUGACCUUAGGAGACGAGGGCAAAGACCGCAAAAGAUUCCUCCUGAAGUUCAGACGGGGUGACCAGAAAAAAGUGCUGUAUUUUUCACUUGUCUUGGGUCAAGUUGUGGACCACGAAGCCUUUGGCAAAGUGUUUGGGUGUUAUACCUAAGUGUGUCUGAGUGUCAGGGGGCGGUGGGUGGAGAGAAAAUUUAACACCCACACAGAAUGUUUUGCACUGAGGAUUCAUACCCUUGUUAGCUAAAAUAAACUGUAUAGAUAGUCCUGAAGUUACGAUCGCGAUGGAGCCCCAAAUUUAUGUUGCUAAGAGACACGUUUGUUAAGUGAGUUUUGCCUCGUUUUAUGACCUCUCUUACCACAGUCGCUAAGCCUGUAACUGUUGUGGUCCGCUAGCAGCCUGCGGAGCUAUCAGUGGAGUCGGACAGUGAGGAGUCUGGGGAGGACAAUGGGCCAGUCCUGGAGUCUGGGGAAGGCCCGGCUCUGCAUCGGAGGCAGAGAAAGGGCCAUCUGGGAGGUACAUGCUGCCCCCGGAGCCUCCAGAGUCGGACCUCAGCAAGGCAGAGGAACGGGGAGCCUGUUCCCAGUGCACGCAUGCACAGAGCUGCCAGAAGGCAAGAACAGUUAAAACAAAAAGGACUCCUCAGGAGUAAGGCCUGGAGACGAUUGGCCCCUCCCAUAAGGCUUAAAAGAGGAGCAAAGGCACUUGGGCCUUUGCAGGAAGCAAUGUUGUUAAUUCUGUGCAGUUUGAUUCUGGACUCUGGCUUUACCAAUUAGAUCUUUGACAGCUAUCAAGGGAGAUAAAGGUGGGUGAUUAUCAGUCUUAUCGCGAAGGAUUCUUUACAACUAUUUGGAACUCAUCUGUGAAUUAACAAAAUUCACAGCUGUUGCAAUAAAAUUUAUUUAUUUUAUUUUAUUUUAUUAUUUAAAUUUCCUUCUCCCAAAGGACUCAAGGCGGUUUACAGCCACAAUAAAAAACAAUUGAUACAAAAAUUAAAACCAAUUUAAAAAGCAAAAAUUCAAAGUUGGCUGGACACUAUAAAACCAAUAAAAACCCCAUUUAAAAGAGGUUUUUUGUGUGUUUUACUGACUCAGGAAGCCUAGGUCAGAACAGCAGCUAGUAUUAAUGCCCCUCCAAUUGUUUUCAGUUGUGAGAAAUGAACAAUUGCCACCAUAUUCUGCCUUCUAUUCUUUUGUUGAAAUAACUUCUGGAGAAUUUCACAGCGCUUCUACGCUGGAAUAAAUUCUCUACUGCUACGAUCAGUGGCGUUUUUCAUCCUUAGAAGUUAUGAACGUUGUGUUUAAAGUGUAAAUUUACUAGGAUUAGACAAAGAUUUGAAAGAGUGCUUCCGUUUGAUGAAGCUUUGAUGAUCUCGUGAUAGUCAUGAAUUAAACUAUGUGAACAUUAAGAGCCAACAGUGGCUUGAUAAUUCAUCCAGUGGCUGGAUAAUUCAUCCAGAUAAUAAACAGCAAAUUAUUACAAAAUACUUUUCAGAAGUCAUCCUGGAGAGGGUAUCUAAAAUGUUUGUGGGGUAUGUAUAAUAUGAGUACAUUUAGGAUAUUUGUGUCCUAUAUUUCAAUAUAUAAUUAUUUAACAAUAUAAUAAUAUAAUUGAUGAUAUGGAGUAUCCAAUGAUAUUCAGGUAUACAAAUAACAGUGUACACACAUAGUAUUAACAUGAAAGGA